UUUUCAUGAGUGAAAUCACAAAAUGGACGCCAUUCUACAAGAAUUCCUUCUGAAACGAUGCAACUCACGAUCAUGUCUUUCCGUUAAAGAGGGCUGUAAUAUUAUGGCAUGAAAUAUAUAAAUACUCCCUACGAUCCAUAUUAGUUGUCGAAAUAUUACAUGUAUCUAGACGCUUUUUAGGGAUAGAUACAUCCAUAUUUGGUCAAAUUUGAGACAAUUAAUAUGGAUCGGAGGGAAUACAAGGACUUGUAUAUAAGGGUAAAAUAAUAAUAUGAGAAUUAGUUUCUGUAAACCCAUUACACGGAGACGCCGCUGUUGCUGUUGAAUAUAUCUUGUCCUGUGUCCUGUCCGUUGUGUGUUGUGGGGUAACACUCUGAAACCAUUUGAAACCGGAAAAAUAUGAACACAUCUCUAUGGAACUCCUAAGAUGUACUCCCUACCGGUGAGUGGAUGUAGUAUUUGGUAAUUUAGUAUCUAUAUUAUACACCUAUACAUGAAACCCUGGAAACAUCUACGAAACACCCAUGAAACAUAUUUGUGCAACUCAAAUAUCAAUAAUGGUACCGAAAUAAUGGAAACAUCUAUGUGGAUUGAUGAUACUUGUGGAUUGAUAAUGGAAAUAUCAAAUAAUACCCAUGAAAUAUCUAUGUGGAUUGAUGAUACUUGUGUGGAAUUUUUUUCAUUCGAAGUACCAAUAAUAUUUUUUAGCUACCUGCCAUAGUUAUGCAACUCAAAUAUCAAUGAACGGACCACAUCGUGAGGAUGAUGGCAUCAGAAUUCGACCCUUAAGAUGACGAUACAAAAACUAGAAACCAAUAAAUAUAUGCAUACGAGUUGUUUAUUUACACUAUGUAAUGCCUCUAGUAGUCAAAUGUCGAGCAAGAACACAAUACUUGGGCAUAUUGUGUCAUCUAGACUAUUUUAUUUAGUUGACCCAGACUUCUGGUGCCAAGAAACUUAUUCAAUUCGAAGUGUCCUGCACUUGUACCGUAGCCGACGGGCUGAAGAGCCAUCAGACGGACGCUUGGAAAUUCCCAGUGACUUAUAGUACACUUUUCUUAUUCAGUUUGCCUCAAAGGAUUGCAUCUGUCCAAAGUCUCUGGAAGAAGCUUGCAGAAGCCUCACCCCAUUUGCUGAGCAAUUCUGGCACAGCUUUGCCAUUCUAUAUAUCUAUAUAUAGAGCAUAAUCACAUUCCUUGUGUAUAAAGCAAGAAGAGCAACAGUAGUUCAUAUUGAUAAGUCUUCACUAAAGGAUCAAUCAUGGGUGCCUCCUUGUCUCGUGGCCGAUUGAACGAGGGGCGGAGCCAAAAAUCCAAGGGGGCAGGGAUUGUGCCGCCUUCUCCGGCGCAGACAACCUUCAAGUGGAGAAUCAAUGGUUUCUCCUCGCUUCUUGAUAAAGAUGAAGGAUUGACCUACUCAAGGGUGUUUGAGAUCACGGGGCUUAAUUGGUACUUGAAACUGAACCCAAGGGACAGAAAGAGUGGCGAUAAAAAUGAAUAUGUUUCUCUCAAGCUUGAGCUGGCCCGGGCCUGUGUAAGAUCCAGCACAGUUGUCGAGGCAUCUUUCAAGUUCUUGAUAUAUGACCAAGCAUAUGGAAAACACCAAGAACAUCUAGUGAGGCACAAUUUCCAGACUGCAAGCACAUCCUCUGGGACCUCAUGCAUGAUUCCCCUCACAACACUGAAUAAACACUCCUCUGGAUUCCUCAUGGGAGAUAGUUGUGUUUUCGGUGUCGAGUUCAUCAAAGUUGCCACUACUAAAGCCAAUGAUACAUCAGAGACGCUGUUUGUCCAGAAGGCGAACAACACCUUCAGUGAUCCAGAAGUCUACACCUGGAACAUUGAGGACUUCUUUGCGUUGAAGAGCAUGGAUAACUCUCCAGAGUUUGAAAUUGGUGGACACAAAUGGUCCAUCAUUAUCUAUCCAUCUGGAGCCGCUAACAAUGGGAACUACCUCUCCUUAUACCUGGAGGCGAAGAUGUUAGAUACACUACAUCAGAACUCCGCAAACCUUGUAGAAUUAAGCAUAUGCGUCAAAGACCAGGAAACUGGCAAGCACCGGAAAUUGACAGGCCGGUGCCAAUUCUCAAAGAAGUCUACCAAGUGGGGAUGGGACAAGUUCAUAUCGCUGGAAAAUUUCAAGGACUCGUCGAAUGGUUAUCUCGUGAAAACAAAGUGCUGCAUUGAAGUUGAGGUUGCAAUCGUUGGUUCCUCUAAGAUGGAGUAGAUUAUCCGCGUGUGCUCAUCUGUAUGUUUGUGCUGGUCCUUGUGUUUUGACUGGGUUGCAUUAGUUCCUGUGUAUCUGUGUUUGUUUGCUUAUGUUGAAGAUACUAGAAAUGCAAAUGCCAAAUAAAUAUUCGGCAUUGGGGUGUUUCUGAAGUUUCUGACCAUGUCUCCUUGGUACAGUGGCAUCCUUUGUGUUCUCAGUCCAAUUUUAAACGAAUAUAAUGUCAAUACUUUCCAGUUUCCUGUCU